AUGGACUUAGGGAAGGAGAAAGAGAAGGAAAAAUGGGGUCUUGAUUUAAAUUUAUCAAUAGAGGAGUAUUCAACUGGUUUAGGGUUUCAAGAUUUUUUAGAGAAAGAGAAACAAGCUGAAAAUGACCAACUGGGUCAUGAUUUUGGUAGAGGUAGUGAUUUUAGGAUAAGAGAAAGAGGCGCUGAUGUUGAAACUGGUGAUUUUACUAGUAGUAAGAGAUUGAGGUACACAAUCGAAGAGAAGGGGAAGGCUAAAGUGGAUUGUGGUGGCAGUCAAGUGAAUCUUGAUUUUGAUCUCAAUCUUGAUUUGUGGGGAUUUGAGAAAGACCCAGUUGAAGGAAAAAUGGAUACAUGGCCAUUUGAAGCAGAGCUAUUGAGUUUAGGACCUUUUAUGCAUGAUUUCUUUCCUGAUAGCGUAGAGAGAAAUUCUCUGGUGGAGAAUUAUGAUGUUUCAAGAAGAAAGGGUAUCACUAGAAAGGAUAUAGCUUUGUCAAGCGUCAGGGAGAGAAAAUCAAGAAGAAAGGAACAGAAGUUGAUGCAGCGUGAAAUUGCCAGGAAUGUUGCUCCACGGUUUGCACAUUUAGGUCCGCAAGAGCAGCUGAAGCAGCAAGAAGAAAAGAAAGUUAAAUUGAGAGAAAUUGAUUUGGAAUUGGAAGUGGAAUUGGAUGAUUCUCAAAGUCCAUUUUCAUUGGCAUUGGAAGCAGUCAAAAUGCGGCAAAAUGUUCGAAAAGGGUCAUUAACUGGUUUGUCUGAGUCAUUCUUCAAAUGGGUGCCUGCAAAUGCCGAAGGUAGUGAUGCUCUGAGUCGCAAAGUUCAUACACUUCUGGACCUCAGUUUGAAUGCUCUUGGAAAGAAUGCUGAUGCUAUUGUCUCACUUGAACAUGUUCCAGAUAAAUUAAGGCAUAGACUUAGUCAGUUGGUUAGUGAUUGUGGAGUAAUGGACGCUCACUUUGUUGAACUUCUUGCAAGGGGAUCUCCAACCGAGAUUCGUCUGAGGAAUAUUUCGCGGUUGACAGAAGAUGAGUUUGCCAAAAUAUUUGGUGUUUGUGACACUAAGGACUUGACUGUGCUACAACUUGACCUUUGUGGACGAUGCAUGCCUGAUUAUGUAUUACGUGACACCCUAGCCAGGUCAUCACAUAGACUUCCUUCCUUAGCUACCAUAUCUUUGAAGGGUGCGCACCGUUUGUCAGAUAUUGGACUGACUCAGUUGGCUGCGUCUGCACCUGCAUUACAGUCUAUAAAUCUGAGCCAGUGCUCCCUUCUAACAUCUCAAGGCAUCAGUGAUUUCACUAGCUGUUUUGAAUCUACUUUGAGGGAGCUGUAUGUAGAUGAUUGCCAGAAUAUAGAUGCGAUGAUUAUUUUACCUGCACUGAAGAAACUCAAGCACUUAGAAGUGUUGUCGGUAUCAGGCAUUGAGACUGUUAGUGAUGAUUUUGUCAUUGGACUGGUCAAAGCAUCUGGCAUAAACAUGAAAGAGCUUCGUUUGGCUAAUUGCAUGCAACUGACUGAUAUAUCACUUAGAAUUGUGGGCAAAAAUUGCCCCAACUUAUGUGCUCUGGAUCUUUGUUACUUGCAUAACUUGACAGACUCUGCUUUAAGACACCUAGCCAAUGGUUGCCGAUCAAUUAGGAGACUCAAACUUUGCCGAAAUGGAAGUUCUACAUAUUACAGUGAUGAAGCUAUUGCUGCCUUCUUGGAAGCCUCUGGACAGUCUCUGGAUGUACUUUCACUUAACAAUAUUCACAGGGUUGCUCACAACACUGCCUUAUCAAUUGCCAAAUGUUCAAGAAAUUUGGUGAGUUUGGACUUAUCAUGGUGCCGCAAAUUAACAGAUGAGGCACUAGGACUGAUUGUUGAUAGCUGCUUUUCACUGAAGCUGCUCAAGCUAUUUGGAUGCACGCAGUUAUCCAUGUGGCCAGCAUCUCCUUUACCAGUACAGAAUAAAAUGAACCAAUCACAAAUACCUGAUGGCAAUGAUUCAAGGGUUGGGACUCCAGGGAUUACAGAAGCAUUUCUGAAUGGCCACUCAAACCCCAGGGUGCAAAUCAUUGGAUGCAAAACAGGACCAGUUUUGGAGCAUCUUGAUGUGCUUGAAUCUCAAGAAAAUCCACUGCGAUAUUCUCCACUGACAAGCCUGUGCUGA